AUGGGGCUGCUCUCGGACCCCCACUGCCGUCGGGCCCUGGCCCACCUCAUCCAGCGCCUCAACACUCCGCUCUGUGCCCUGAGCUACAUGCUGGGGCUGUGCUGGUUCCUGGCCCUGGCCUGGCCCCCGCUGGCCCCCCAAACCUACAUCUCUGAGAAUGCCCUGGGCUCCACCAUGGUGCAGGAGCAGUUCCCCCUGGGUGCCCGUGCCCUCGCCUAUGCCCGCCAGUUUGGGGGGCACAAGAAGAAAGCAGGCGGGAUGCCUGUGCAGUGGCUGGAGCAGACGCUGUGGGAGCUGGGGCUGGAGGUUCACCGGCAGAGCUUCUCCCGCACCCUGCCCUUCCCCGACGAGACGCGGGAGCGAUACAUGGUGCAUGGCACCAACGUGUAUGGGAUCCUGCGGGCACCGCGGGCAGCCAGCACCGAGGCACUGGUGCUGAGUGUGCCCUGCAGCCCUGGCACCCAAAACAACCAGGCCGUGGGACUGAUGCUGGCACUUGCUGCCUACUUCCGAGAGCAGAUCUACUGGGCCAAGGACAUCAUCUUCCUGGUGACGGAGCACGACCUGCUGGGCACUGAGGCCUGGCUGGAGGCCUACCAUGACAUCAACCUUACUGAGGUGCAGAGCUCGGGCACGCCGGGCCGGGCGGGUGCCAUCCAGGCGGCCAUCGCGCUGGAGCUGAGCAGUGAUGUGGUGACCAGCUUCGAUGUGGCUGUGGAGGGCCUCAACGGGCAGCUGCCCAACCUCGACCUUCUCAACCUCUUCCACGCCUUCUGCCAGAAGAACGGACUCCUCUGCACCAUCCAGGGCAAGCUGCCACACUCGGACUGGGAGUCGCUGCCUGGCUAUGCCCACAGCCUGCAGACACUGGCACUGAUGGUGCUGGCGCAGGCCUCGGGGCGCCCGCGGGGGGACCAUGGCCUCUUCCUGCGCUACCGCGUGCAGGCCCUCACCCUGCGCGGCAUCAACAGCUUCCGGCAGAGCAAGCAUGGCAUGGCUGCUGUCGGCAGGACCCUGGAGGGAAUGUUCCGGAAGCUCAACAACCUGCUGGAGAGGCUCCACCAGUCCUACUUCUUCUACCUGCUGCCCUCCCUGUCUCGCUUCGUCUCCAUUGGCCUCUACAUGCCAGCCUUCGGCUUCCUCCUGCUGGUCCUGGUCCUGAAGGCCCUGGACAUCUGGAUGAAGCUCAGCAAGAGUGAGACGAGCAGUGGAGAGAGGCUAUCCUCAAACCCUCCAGCAGACCCCCACCACCCCAGUGCCACCAGCAUCUCCCCACAGGAGGCCCGUCCUGGUUUGCUGGUGCUGGUGCCACCAGUGCUCAUCUGCGAGGCUGCUGGCCUCGCCCUCUACCUGCUGCCAGUGCUGGGCCAGCAGGUGGCCACCCAGCACUUCCCGGUGUCCGAGGCCGAGGCCGUGGUCCUCACCAUCAUUGCCAUCUAUGUGGCAGGCAUGGCCCUGCCCCACAACACCCACAGGGUGCUGCCAGGCGCAGGGGCGGCGCGGGGCUGGCUGGCACUGAAACUGGUGGCACUGGUGGCCCUGGCACUGGUGCUGAUGGCCCUGGCCCUGCUCAACUUCUCCUUGGGCUUCCUUCUGGCUGCCACCAUGGUGCCCGCUGCCGCCGCCGUGCAGCCCAACGGCCCCAAGGUGCUGCUGGCAGCGGUGCUGGUGCUGGCGACGCCGGCGGUGACGCUGCUGCUGGGCAUCUUCCUGGAGCGGGAGCUGCUGGAGGUGCCUGCGGGCGCGGGUGAGGGCUGGCAGCUCUUCCUGGCAGCGCUGGGCGAGGGGCUGCUGCAGCACCACCUCUAUGGCUCCUGCCUGUACCCGCUGCUCGCCCUCGGCGUCUACCCCCUCUGGCUGCUGCUCUGGAACGUGCUCUUCUGGAAGUGACCUGUGGGGCUGCUGAUGGCCCUGGAAGGACACAUGGAUGGACACGUGUGCACCGUGGAGGGACCUGGGGAUGGGCCCAUGGACCAUGGACGGACACACUCCCCCUCUGGCUGCUGCUCUGGAACUUGCUCUUCUGGAGUUGGCCUGUGGACAGAUCCGUGGACCAUGGAUGGAUAGACAGACCAUGGAUAGACAUAUGGAUGGAGCCAUACCCACUCUGGCUGCUGCUCUGGAACCUGCUCUUCAGGAAGUGGUCCAUGGACCAUGGAUGGACAAUGGAUCCAUGGAUGGACCCGCAGACCCAUACCCAGUGUGGCUACUGAUCUGUAAGGGGCAGAGGGGGGUUUUAGCUGGUCUGUACUGGGCAGAGGGGAUCUUUGCUGGUCUGUACUGGACAGAGGAGGUCUUAGCUGGUCUGUACUGGGCAGAGGGGAUCUUUGCUGGUCUG